AUGGGAUCCGUAUCGUCACCUCAGGCUCCCACAAAGGCGCAGCAUAUCCGAUCGCACGUACACCUUGCAGCACUGUCCAUGUAUCUUUUCGUGGAGGGAUGGAAUGACGCCUCCAACGGCCCUCUUUUGCCAAGAAUACAGAAAGUGUAUAGUGUUAACUAUGCUGUUGUAUCCCUCCUCUUUGUAUCCGCAUGUAUCGGUUUCGUGUCCGGAGCUAUAUCCAACGUGUUCUUGACCGAGAAGCUAGGGUUCGGGAAGUUGAUUGUACUAGAAGGAUCUGCUCUGCAGGCAGUGGGCUAUGCAAUUCAGGCUUCCGCGCCCCCUUACCCUGCGUUCGUUUCUGGAUACCUUAUCGGAGGGUUUGGCAUGGCUUUACAGAAUGCACAAGCAGUCGGCUAUGUGGCCAAGAUGAAAGACAAGGCUGAACUAAAGAUGGCUAUUCUCAUGGCGGUAAGCGCGGGAGCACUUUUCUCCCCUCUGGUCGCAACACAGUUUUCAACGCUUCCGCGAUGGUCGUUCCAUUUCUUGACCACGCUCGGACUAUCUUUGGUGAACCUCGUCAUCUAUUCGGUUGUGUUCCGCUUCAAGAACCAAGAUGAGUGCCUCGCACAAAUCGGUCUCACUGUUGGAGAUAGGGGCAAUAGCAGCCAUAGCGAAUUCCGGCAGAUACUUACUUUGAAGGAAGUGCACCUACUUGCUUUGUUCAUUCUGUUUUAUGUGGGCACCGAGGUCACUAUUGGUGGGUGGACGAUUACGUAUAUCAUCGAUGUUCGCGGUGGAGGUGCUUCAGCGGGAUACAUCUCUACGGGUUUCUUUGGUGGUUUAAUGGCGGGCCGUCUAACCCUGCUUUGGGUGAAUGAGAAAAUUGGAGAGCGUCGGGCACUCAUCAUUUACGCCGUUCUUGCCAUCGCCCUCGAAUUCGUUGUCUGGUUUGUCCCCUCCCUUGGAGGCGACGCUUUUGCUGUCGCAGUUAUUGGGCUCUUAAUGGGCCCGAUGUAUCCCAUCGCAAUGAAUCACGCAGGAAGAGUGCUGCCUCGGUGGCUUCUCACAGGCUCCAUUGGCUGGAUCGCUGGCGUUGGCCAAGCAGGUUCUGCUUUGCUCCCGUUCAUGGCAGGCGCCAUAGCAUCCAAGGCAGGCAUUAGGACCCUACAGCCUGUGCUCGUUGGCUUCAUGGCGCUGAUGGUGGGCCUUUGGCUGCUUGUUCCGGCGAGCUCUCGUCGUCAUGAUUGA